AUGAGCUCACACGAGAACACGAAACAAUUUCCCGCGUUGGCUCCGGGACCGCCGCGCAUGUUCGCCCCGCAGACGUCGACUGCUGUCAGUAGGCCAAAGAAGAAUUCCACAGCUUGCCUGGCAUGCAAACAUGCAAAGAGAAAGUGUUCCGGACCAGAAUCCCCAUGUAAAGCUUGUCGAUCCGCUGGCACCGAAUGUUUAUUUGACCCUACUCGAGACCUCAGACGAAAGGUUGCUGUCAAGCGGACGAUCCAGGAGCUCAAAAACCACAAAGACCUACUAGAUUCUUUGUUGAGCACUCUCGCGUCGGAUGAUCAAGUCCAGUUUGACAAGGUGGUGGGUUUGAUCCGGAAAAAGGCUCCGCUCAGAGAUAUCGCCCAUGCUGUCGGAGCCCCAGUCACGACAUUCGGGAACCUCCAAGAGCUGUUGGAUGCCAGCAAAUCAGCGGGUUUAGACUUUGGGGAGCAUCCCAUAGAAACUUCGGGCAACGGGGUGAGACGGCCGUCAGACCCCGGGGAUAUAGCAAGCUCUCCGGAUGAGAUUCCAAAUAUGAAACCUCCGCAGUGGCAAACAGCUAGCCCUUACGCCCCUGUCAUACCGGAUGAGAUCCCAAACAUGAGACCUCCGCAAUGGCCAACAGCUAGCCCGUACGCUCCUGCCACACCGGAUGAGGUCCCAAACAUGAAACCUCCGCAGUGGCCAACAGUUAGCCCUUAUGCUCGUGUCACACUGGAGAGCCUUUGCGACAUACCUCUCUUUGAGGUGCCGGCAAAGCCGUGGACAAAGGUCACAGAUGAUAAUUAUUUGGUCUCGCACCUAGUCUCGCUCUACUUUACCUGGGACCACCCAUGCUCGCAAUUCCUUGACCAACGUAUCUUCCUCGAACAUAUGAAACUCGGGGAUCGAGGAUCUGAGUUCUGCACGCCCCUUCUCGUCAAUAGCAUAUUGUCUAUGGCCAGCGCCUAUUCUGAUAGUCCCGAUGUUUUUUCCACCCCCGAGAACGUGUUCUCGCGGGGCCAGAACUUUUUCGAUGAAGCACAAAACUUAUGGGAAGUCGAAGAUGAUGGCCACGACCUGCCUACCAUCCAGGCCCUCCUCAUUAUGUGCUGUGUACUUAAAUAUCAAGGACGAGUCAAAAAAAGCUGGAUGAUGCUUUGUCAAGCAGUUCAGCUAGCACGGGAUAUAGGACUGUUUGAUAUCUCAGCAGUGUCGAAAAAGGUGCUGCCAGAGUUGGAAAGGGUUCGCACGAUCACCGCCUGGGGUGUCUUCAGCAUGAGCUCGCAAAUGUCGAUUGAGCUGCAGAAGAAUGCUCCCUCGGCAUAUCCCACAUCAGAUGUCAAGUUGUGUGGCAGCAAAGACCUUGACUGGACCCCAUACCCUCGCUCAAACAAUAUCACAUAUGACAAAAAGCCAGCCUGUUUGCCUCAAGUUAGGGAUGGUCUGGCUGAGGUCAACAUAAUUUUACUCGAUGUCCAGAAGCUCGUUUCUGACAAAAGUCGGGGUGUCAGUUGUAAGGAGCUGUGGAACAAAGCUCAAGAUCCAUUCGAUCGUUUGACUUCUUGGCUACAGCGCUGGCCGGGUGUGCCCGAGAUACAACGAAAUUCGGUCCCACAAGUCGUUCUCUUGCGAAUUAAAUGUCUCCAGUCUAUUAUAUAUCUGUUUGAGAUGUUAAAAGACCCUCAUCAGCCAGAAUCUGUCCGAGACGCCCGGUACUAUCAGGUUAAGUCCGCCGAGGAAACGGCGCAAUGCCUUCGCACCCAUCGUCAGUCAUAUGGCCUCAAGCAUAUAUCCAGCCAGAUAAUCGAUGCCGUACAGACUGGUCUUCGGAUCUUAGUUCAUCAGUUGGAAGAAAGCGAUGAAUCAAGACAGGCAUUUGCUGAGCUCUGUCGGUUUGGAACCGCCCUUAGUCACAGGUUUAAGCAAACAGGCGACGUGAUUCAUGAGAUCAGGAAGAAUGCACUGCAUCUAGGCGUCCGACUGCCACCUGAGGCUAUUGCAAUCUUCGAUGACCCGGAACAGUGGAGGAGUCUUGAGCCCUAA